AUGAAUCGACUACUAGCGUUACUUGCUCUUCUGGCUACGAUAACGUCGGGUGCUACUGCGGCAGCCGUGCCAAACCAGCGGAGACCUCUUACACAGACACCCCGCAAUUGUGACGGUUCCGGCUCCACACAAGCUGAGAAUUUCGGCUUUGUCAAUCUUUUGAGGACCGGGUCCGACAAGCUUGUCGCGACUGCUGUGCUUCAAGGGGGAACCCCAAACGCGAAUUAUAAUGUCCGCCUGAUCCAGAUCCCCAAUGACGGAACGUGCGGGGCGUGUACAAGCGGGGGCGCAACAUUGACGACGGACAGCCUAGGCGAUGGAAGCAUAAACGUUCAACAAGCGGUGAGCCCGGGCGCAACAGGUGCGUGGGUGGACCUGAAUAACAAGGACGAGUGUGCAAAUUUCUUUGACAGUGAGCCGGUCAAAAUUAUUAUGUGA